AUGGGAAAUAAAAUGGCCAGGAUCAGUCUUAUUUCUGUUCUCAUCGUCUGGGCAGCCACACAGCAAGGAAGGGGAAAUGAAAUUACAGAAAAAGGCCUCUCUUUGCUAGGGUACCAUCUGUGCAACUAUAGCCUGACCAAAAAUGUGUUUAAAAUGGUUGCCUACCAAAAAUCCUAUGAGAAAAGUACUUCCUGUGGAGGAUGGAUACCUUGGAUGGUUUGUCCCCGGACAUACUACAAAACUCAGUAUCAUACUGUUGAAGUCCCUGAAAUCAUCACACUUACAGAUUGCUGUGAAGGAUAUGAGCAAGUUGGACUCUACUGCUCUUUAGCACUCAAUAGAUCCAGUGUAUUUGCCUCAAGACCUGGUGUUUGUCCAAUGGAGAAUAUGAAAACAUCUGAUUAUCCUUGCACGUUUGAUACUGAAUGUCCAGGGCUUAAAAAAUGCUGCAGCUCAUCCAAAGGAGGAGGCUGUGUGGAUCCCAUGCCAGAGGGAAGAACAUUCUGGUACAACGUGACAGUGCUUGUGAAAAUGGAUUUUGGCGAGUUGAUCAGAGUGGAUUCCCACCUUCUGAAUCAUUCACGCCUUUUGCACUCCAUGAUUACUGGUGCAUUACAGCCCCUGAAUGCCUCUGUGCACCAUAUCCAGAGUAACCGUGCAGAAGUAUAUGCUGGGACAGUGGCCUCUCAGGUUCUCAUUGGACUACACCAGCUGGCUCCACUGGUAGAGGUUUCUUCUUCCUUGAAGGACAUUGUGAAGCGCACAUAUGAAGUGAUUAACAUAGAAGUGCAAGAUGUCAAUGAAUGUUCCUAUGCUGAAUUCAAUGCUUGUCCUGAGAACAGCACUUGCAUAAAUCUGGAGGGUUAUUACAGCUGCAACUCUCAGCAUGAACAUGCAGAUGUCAACCCUCAACGUCUGAGCUCAAGCGAGGAAGGCAUGGCAGCAUCUGCUCUAGGUUCACUGUUGGAUCUCAUUAACAUUAGCAAUAGCUCCCCAUCUAUAAGUAACUCAAGUGUCUUGCCCAUGACUAACCAAUCUGCAGAUGCUGAGUGCUGUAAACCUGUAACUCACUGGCUGAUUAUUAGUGGAGAUUCAACACAAAUACAAAUAGUAAAAGGAAAUAAAAAGAGUGAGCACCCAAUUAAUUACUCUAGUGGGAUGCUUCAUGGACAGGGGGGCCUGAUUAAAUGUUGUUGUUUUUCUGUGAUGACUUAUCUGGGGACCGCAAUAGAUCCGUCUGAAGUUAGAAACCACCGAAUCUUCCAAGUUACCAGCAACAGCUUUGAAAUGUCCUGGCAUGUUGCUUCAGCUCUGAACCAUACUUUCCAAGUCCAAGUGUUCAAGGGCAAAGAGAUAGUCCAAAACCUGAAGACAGAGGAAAUGAAAAUGGAUGUGUCUGGACUGGAAGCAGGUGUGAUGUAUUCAGUAGAGAUCAGCUAUGAAACCUGUGGAAAAAACAGCGUCUCCCGUCAAAAUGUUAAAACAGAGGCCAAGAUAUUUGGUAUUACUAUGAGGAUUCUCAACUACAACUUCACUGAUGAUUUCCAUAAUGCCAGCAGCUCAGCAUAUGAAGAAUUUUCAAGACUGUUGCUUACACAGCUUGAAAAUUCAUUUCCACCCAACAUUUCUGCUUUAUACCAAUCUGGGAAUCUGAAAGUGCAGAUUGAAUCCCUGCAAGCUGGAAGCAUCAUUGUGAGGCUCAGAAUCACUGUGCAGGAUCCUGAGUUUCCAGUCGAUGCCUCCACAUUUGCCCCAGUGCUUUCUUACCUGCACAAUGGCUCUACAGUUCUGGUGGAUCAGCAAAACACUGUGGUAGAAGACUGGGAUGAAUGUGCUUCUCUUGCUGAGAAUGACUGCUCCACAUUUGCAGAGUGUAUCAAUUUGAUGGGCUCGUACCUGUGCAGAUGCAAGACAACGAUGGAUACCAAUCCAUCCCGACCUGGAAGAAACUGUGAGGGUGAGAUUGUGGACCCUCUCACUGAAAUGAUGGCUCCUGAAGUAACAAACAGCACAGAGCUUGCUCCUGAAGAAGCGAGUCCUGCAGGCCCUUCUUCCCCUGCCACCACGGAGAUGGUGGAGGCUGUAGGCUCUGAGCUGAGCACUGCUGUACGCCUCCCUGUUGCCCUGCCCCUGGGUGACAAGCAAGCACCCCAUGGUCGUUCUCCCACCGACGCUCCUCCAGCAGCUUGGAGAAAAGUUCCAGCAACACAGAUGGGUUUCAGCAGGGACAACAACUCCAUGUCCAAAGGAACUGCAGCCAGUGAGGAACCAGCCAUGAGUGCAGAGCAGCAGCUGGCUGUAAGUCCAUCACAACAAAGUUCUGCAGCAGAGGCUUCCUCCAGUGCAUCGCAGCAAGAGGCUGCCCUCACAAACGUGCCCACAGGCACAGCUGGCCAAGAGCAAUCCAGUCCACCAUUGCUGGUCUUUCCAAACCAAACAGCCUCUGCUCCCACCAGAAGUCGCACUACUUUUGGUGUGCCUCAAGCCAGCUCUCAAGAUGGCUCCAGUAUCACUCUGCCAGCCACUGGGGAUGCUGGUGUUCCCACCCUCAACACCACUCUCAGAGCGCUUGUAGAGAUUAGAAGAGAGAACAGCUCUUGGGCAGAGCAAUAUGCCAGAUCCCUGGGGCCACCAACUUUGCCAGGCAUCUCUCCAGCUCCCAGCCCAGCACCGAGCCCCGCCAUGGACCAGGCUGUCCAGAAACUGAGUGGCACGGUGCGGAUAACAAAUGUGAAAUACUCUCCAGGCUUUAGCAAUACAAGCAGUGAGGAAUACCAAACCUUUGCACAGCUCUUUCUUGAUGAAGUACAUAAAGCUCUGCCCCUUGAGGUUCUUCAGCAGAUGGAUGCUGGUUUGAUUAAAGUGUUGAUAACGGGUAUAACUAAUGGGAGCACAGUGGUAAAUUUCAACCUACUGAUUGCAGAAGAUGUGGAUGUCUACAGCGUCAUCACCGCUUUUCAUGAUGCCUUUGAACAGAGCUCCUAUUUCACAGUUGACAAGAGCAGUCUCUCCAUACAUGAUUAUGAUGAGUGUGAAAGUGAAGAUGACGACUGCUCCCCGGAUGCAUCGUGCUUUAACACACUUGGGUUUUACCAGUGCAGCUGCAAUGAAGGAUUUGCUGAUGUGCAUCCAGAAAGGCCUGGAAGAAGCUGUGAAGCAUUUCCUCUCAGCAAGAAGACAACAGUGACAGACAAGAAACCUGUACACAACACAGUGUUACCUGUGACAGCUUUGCAAACUUUGACUCACAUUUCUUCCACUGCUUCAUUGAACUUCUCUACUACUAAGCACAAAGCCCUGGAGGACACCAUGUCCUCCAGCAUGGUGCUGCCUUCUCUCACCAGGAAUCCUGUGUCAACUCCCAAAGUUUCUCCUCAAGCAUCUCCUGUUCCCCUUGUUCAACCUGCCCAGGAGAUUUCCAUUAAAGAUGCAGUGAGAGUGUUUUGUGAAAUUGAGAAGAUUGUCCUUGCUGUCCAGAAGAGAUUUUUAGAGCAGGAGUCUAUCCCUGAAACCUCCCUGUACCUGGGGGAGCCUCCCUGCAACGUGAGCAUCAGCAAUGGCACCCACGUUGUGCUGCAGGCAGGCUGGAGUGACUGUGGCACUGAAGUUGAAACUAACAUGACUAAUACUGUAGUGAAAAACAUCCUUCGGAAUGAUGUUUCUGCUCAGGGAGUUAUCCACCACUUAAAAGUUGCCAGUCCCAUUCACUGUGUGUUUCAAAACAAUCUCUUGACUUCCUCUGGAUUCACUGCAGAAGGACUUUACACCAUCUUUGAGGAUUUGCAUGGAUCUGGGCACUUCAGAACAGAAAUGCAGUUAUUUAUUGGAAACACUCCAAUACCAAAAAAUUUCAGUGUCUCUGCCAGUGAUGAUAUACUGAUUGAAGUGGGGAUCCAACGAGCAGACAGCAAGCUCAAGGUGGUCCUCACUGAUUGCUGGGCGACUCCGACCAAUAACUCAGUGGAUCCCCUCUCAUUUGCUUUUAUCAGCAACAGCUGUCCUAUCCCAAAUACAUACACCACACUGCUGGAGAAUGGGAAUUCAAGCAAAGCACAGUUUAAGAUGAAAAUCUUUUCCUUUGUCAACAAUUCUGUGGUUUACUUACACUGCAGAAUUCGUAUUUGCAUGGAGACACCAGGAAGCACCUGCAGGACGAGGUGCCAUGCAGUUCGAUCCCUGAAGACUGGUGAAACCAUCGCUGCCCACAGAACAUCCUGGGGACCCCUAUGUAAAUCAGCUGUGUCUGACCUGAAGAGAGAGGUGGAGGCUGGGAUAGGAGUUGGAUACACCAUCCUUAUUGUCUUUGCUGUGUUUGGUUUCGUGCUGGGAUUUGUGAGCCUUCUCAUUUUCUACUACCAGCGAAAGACGGGAAGAUACAACUUCAGAAUCAAGUCUGACAACUUUAGCUACCAAGUGUUCUAUGAUUAGCAAUUUCCAAGUUAACAAAUGAAUCAUGACCAGUUACUUUUUUUAGCUGUUCACUCUUCCUGAAAUGGUUAAAUGCUUCCAGAUGAGCAUCCUCUGCUUAAGGGUAUUUGAACUUCUUGUCCUGUUUGCUGUGGGUGAAGGUUGUAGAAGUAAGAAUAAAAUUCCUACUGUUCAUCCCUGAUUACAAGUGCUCCAGACUAUGGAGGAGGAAGGCAGCCUUCUCUUCUUCAUCUUCCUUCAUCAUUUUGGUCUCAGUCAGAGUAAAUGACACACCACUUUAGAAGAACACCAACAACCAUUUCAUCAAAAAGCAUCUCACUAGUGGUUUUAGAUCAUGGAUUAGUAUAAUAGAGAAACUUUGCCACUCUCUUCAGGAAUCUGCUUCAGAAGUUUAUUUGCUUUAGAAGUUAUUCCUUUCUGCAAAAGCUUGGGAUUUUUGGUGUUUUUGUUUUGUUUUGGUUUGGUUUGGUUUUUUUUGAGGAGGCAUUUUGCAAUAAAAUAGUGGGAUAUUAGACAUAAACAGCUUGAAAUUCUGUCAGUGCAUGAACAGUACUUACAAGUGCUUGCAAAGAGUCUGAAAAGACAGCUCUGUGGAGUGUUAACCACUACCACUCGUCCUGCCUCUGGAACUUGGGAAUUUAACACUUUUCCAGAAUACCACAGGAUUCAGCACUUUUUCUGCAAAAUAGGAGAGUUCUAGCUGCUCACUGCUGGCUAUAUGUUGUCCUUCUAAGAGUAGGAGAGAUAGGUGAGAAAGCUGGCUUAGUGAAAAAGAACACCUAACAUUGCUUCACAACUCCAGGAUGUUUUCUGUGGAUCUCACCAAAUUCUG